AUGAAUAACUCAUUUCGACGGAAACGUCAAGCCCCCCCACCCCCGAAUCCACCUAGUGGCCUUGAAAUAAUUUCUGUGACAGAAGAUAGCGCCCAAUUGUCAUGGGAUCCACCAGAGGCCUCUGAUGUUCAAGUCAAUUAUCGAAUUGAGAUAAAGCCAGAAAAUUCUCAAAAAACAUUCUCCAUGAUGACCGAGGAAACACGAAUUUCAUUUGAAGAACUUCGACCAAAUACUCUCUACGAGGUGUUUGUCUUCUCUUAUCGUCCUUCCGAUGGACAGGCUUCAGUAACUUCCGCGGAUAUCAAAUUUACCACUAAAACUGAAGUUUAUCGUUUGCCACCUGUAAUAAAUCCAAAGGCCGAUUCAACCGACUUUGCAACUUUGAAAGUUUCAUGGGAAAUACCUCAUAUAGAGCGAUCUGAUAGAGCUGAGACUCAAAUCGGUUAUUACAGGAUAAUGUUACUUAAUUUGGCCGCAAGUAGUAAUGAAUCGCGACGCUGGACGUCUUAUAGAGUUCCCGGAGGAAGCAGGGUUACUUCCUUUUUGAUUGCCGAUCUUCAGCCUGAUUCAUUCUACCGUGUGAGAAUUAUUGCCGUCUCUGCAACAGGUGUCGAUGGAAACCCGGCUACAAUUGCAUCUUCACCUCGUCUUCUUUCACGACCACCAUCCUCUCCCCCUACAAAGGUGAUGCUUUCAGCUGUUGGUGCCCUAAGAGCUGCUUUUACAUGGCUACCUCCACCAGUUAAAGAGAGGAAUGGAGAAAUCGUUGCCUACCAGCUGGAGUUCAAUUCGCCAGAAUGGCUGGCUCCUAGGGAACUCACUGUUGCUGAUGGACUCAAUUACACACUUACUGGUUUGAACCCUAGAACGAAUUACAGCUUGACAGUCGCGGCAGCAACUCGAGCGGGAAUCGGUCCGAAAUCUCAGCCACUUACUUUCACGACAACGUUGAAAUCAACUCCAAUCGACAAUGAAGUCCCUGUGGGCCCUGUUGAUAGUGGUUUCGAUAACUCUCAAUUUUUCGUGGAUUCCGAUGUUGCUACACUACCUCCUCUAAAGGUUCAUAACUUACGCUAUGUUGCAAGAGAACGAAAUAUACUUCUUCUCUGGUCGAUUCCUCCAAUAUCAGCAUCUCCCCAUCGCUUUAAAGGAGUGGUUGUCCAUUGGGGAAACAUUUAUCCCGGUCCUAAUAAAGCUGAAGUCGGUCUGGAAAAGCGAGCUUUCUCAAUCGAAUCACUUGAGCCUUCAACCACCUAUAUGAUAUCAGUUGCUCUCAUGACCGAGGAUGGUGAGGGACCAGUGGAGAUGAUCACAGCUCAGACAAAGCCUUUAUCCCAUGCCAAGGACUCACUUAUCCCGCUAAACUUCCGUCUAUUGUCUGCUGGAACUGAUUGGGCCAUAAUGGCAUGGGAUGCUCCAACGUGCUCCGCCCUUGGAGAUGAAUUUGAAGGUUUUAAUCGAAAUUUUGUAAGUAGACGAACAACACAGAGAGCCUCGCCAUGUGCAAGUGGAAGCUUUUCAUUGCUAUAUCAGCUUCGGUAUGAUAGCGUUGAAUUGGGUGACUCCAAAACAGCCAAUACGGCCUUUGCUAACUGCCCUGAAGAUGAUUCUCCAACGGCAAAACAGAUUGAUGUAAAUGUGACUUGGGUCAGGCUUGAACACCUACAACCGAAUGGUCGCUAUGUGUCCUGUGUUCGAGCGAUAACUCAUGAUACUCCAAAAGCCAAGCGCAUUGGAGAUUGGAGCUUUGUGCAAAUAUUUGAAACUCAACAGUCAGAAAAUUCUGUUCCCGCCAUCAGUGAAAAUGGUGAAAAGAAACUUAAAAGCGCCAACAAGUCACUGUCCUAUUCUAAUGAAACGCUUGCUUUGCCGAAUGAGAAUUCUAAUGGAACAUUGGUUGAUGUUUCACGUUCUUCAGAUCUGAUUGGCAACAACAACUCUGAUAUUUGGGUUGCUCUAGCCGUUAUCAUGGUAACAACUAUCGUACUCAUGAUCAUCGUAAUUGUGGUUGUCUGUUGGGCUAAGAGGAGUCCCAUUAUGGUUGUUGGCUACAAACCUGACCAACAGAACAGUGGAACAGGCUUAACAGAGGCCUCUGUUAACCUAUUAAGCCCUUCUAAAGGUCAUGUUAAUAAUGGAGCUGGGGGAAAUGGAGGGAAUGAUAAAAUCCCCUUGCAAAAGUAUCAACCUCCCCCUCCCCCUCCAAAGUCUUCUGAAGCCCAACUUAUUGAUUUCACAUCCAAAGCGCCAGAACCAUGGACUGUGGAGAAUGAAUCGGCAAUUAAACGUCAGCAGCAAAAACAACAAGGUUUGAUACCAAUGGGAAAUCCAGUUCCUAUGAUGGGGAUUCGAUCGGCUAUUGAUCCGAUGAGUGGAUGUGGCAGUGAUGCUGCGAGUAGAGGAGCUACUGGGAGUUCUGCAAGUUCUGCCAUAUCCCUUCUUCCUACGACUGGAGCUAAAACAAACCCAACUUACGUUAGUCCUACUGGAAAUCCACUAAUUAGUCCGACUACAUCGGUGCCUCCUUAUGGUAUCUAUCCCUCAGCACAGCCACAAUUGGGCACAUUCGCUCAGGCCUAUUAUCAUCAGCACCAUCAGAAUGCAAUUGCAGGUGGUGGGGUAGGCAUGUACCCCCCUCCGGCCUACAUGCGAGGAGGACCAGGUCAAAAUCCACCUCCUGUUCCCCCUCACCCCUCAUCCGUUGCUUUUCCCCUCUUCACUCCAAGCAAUGUCGGUGGUCCUCGUAUCGAUCUGAGUGCAGGGGAAAACGAAGGGACUUAUCUUCAAUAUCCCGGUCUACCAAUAAAUCGAGGCCAUAUUGCACCAAAUACUCCAUCUGUUAAUGCUUCUGAUCUCAUCUCUGAAAGCAGUUCGGCUCUUGAGAUGACUUCGGCCACCCGUGCAACAGUUGCAAACAAUGUUGGUGUGAAUCCAGCGGAAUUCUCAACUGUUUCUACUGUAUCAUCCUGUUCAAAUUCAAAUUCAAAUAUGUCCAGCCACCAGGGUCACCAUCUUCAACACCAAAUGCAACACUUACAGCCUCAAACACGAGGUGCCUAUAAUUCACUUCCAGCACGAAAAGAUGUUUCCAAUAGACCCAGUGAAUCACAAUCAACAGGUGUUGAGAAAAGUGAUAUAAAUAAGGCCAUUAGCACUGAGGAACUCACUCAAGAAAUUGCAAAUUUAGACGGUCUCAUGAAAGACUUGUCGAUGAUUACACAGAAUGAGUUUGGAUGCCUUCAACCUUAA